AUGUCUUCGACCGCCCUUACGAUCAGCCAACCCUCCCGCUCCCUCCAUUCCCGCCGCAAAUCUUCCUUGUCUGCAGCGCGACUCAACGAAAACUCCAGAAACGUCGACCCCGUCGCCAUGAUGCCUUCCGCAUCGCAAUCGCAACCCUCUUCGCAACAGUCCUUCACAAUGAGCCAGCAAUCCCAGGCCGGCUACCGCAACUAUGGAGCGGACUCUAGGCUCGCCAAUGAGGCGCCACAAAUCUACAGCGCCGUCUACUCCGGCGUCGAUGUCUACGAAAUGGAAGUGAACGGUAUCGCUGUCAUGCGCAGGCGGCAAGACAGCUGGCUCAAUGCGACCCAGAUCCUCAAGGUGGCCGGCGUCGACAAGGGAAAGCGCACAAAAAUCCUCGAAAAGGAGAUCCAGACCGGCGAGCACGAGAAGGUCCAGGGAGGCUACGGUAAAUACCAGGGUACCUGGAUCAAGUUCGACCGCGGCGUCGAGGUGUGCCGCCAGUACGGCGUCGAGGAGGUUCUGCGCCCCCUGCUGACCUACGACAUGGGCCAGGACGGCGGAGUCGCCGGCCGCGGCGAUUUCAACACGCCCACCAAAGAACAGGCCAUGGCCGCCCAGAGGAAGCGCCUCUAUAAUGCUGGUAACGAGGCGAGGACGAACGGCAUGGCCGGUCUCAACGGCACCUUUUUCAAAAACAUCUCGGCCACCGCCUCGCACGCCGUCGCCGCCAUCAGCAAGGCCCGCUUCGACUCCCCCGGCCCGAGGAGUCGCAACGGCCCGACCAAGACGCCCAGCUUCAGCCGCCAGAGCUCCAUGCAAAACGGCGAUGACUUCCCCGGCAACUCCCAGCAGAGCUUCGCUUCGGACUUCGGAAACAACCCCAACGAUUCGGCCUACUCGACCCAGCAGACGAGCCAGCAGCCGUUCGCCGACGGCCCCGAGCCCCCUCGUAAGCGCCAGCGCGUGACCAUGACCCCCCAAGAGAGCUUCGGGGCGUACAGCAACUCCAUGGAGAUGUACCAAAACAACUUCCCCGGCUCGCCUACGGAACCCAACGAGUCCUUCAUCUACUCUCAGGCGAACCCCACCACACACGACGGCCACAGUCCCCUGAGCCCCCUGCCGUUCGAGAUGUCCCCCGACGCCGAGUCGAAGCGGAGCAUGCUGAUGAGCCUUUUUAUGGACUCGGCGACUUCAGACCAGUCCAAGCACGAGAUGCUGCGGACUUUGGCUCCCAUAGAGCUGGACAUGCCCAUUGACCAACAAAGCCACACCGCUCUCCACUGGGCCGCCACAUUAUCGCGUAUGUCGCUGUUGCGCUCGCUAAUCACGGCCGGCGCGAGCCCCUUUCGUGUCAACGCCUCGGGGGAGACUGCUCUUGUCAGGGCGUGUGUCGUGACAAAUUCCAUGGAUCUGGGCCAGUUCCCCGAACUUCUCGACGUCCUCGGGGGCACCAUUGAGGUCCGCGACAGCAAGGGACGGACCGUGCUGCAUCACAUUGCCAUGACCAGCGCCGUCAAAGGAAGGAACGCGGCCAGCCGGUACUAUCUCGAGAGUCUCUUGGAAUGGGUGGUGCGGCAAGGCAGCAACCCGGCAACCAACGGAAAGGGGGACAGCGCGCCGGCUAGCUCGCAAAGCCAGCCGCAAGCGCAAGCGCAGCCCAAGAUGGGCAUCGCGCGCUUCAUGACGGAGAUUGUCAACGCACAAGACCACGCUGGCGACACGGCGCUGAACAUUGCUGCACGGAUAGGAAACCGGAGCAUUAUUUCGCAGUUGCUGGAGGUUGGCGCCGAUCCCAACAUUGCCAACCGCGCCGGUCUCCGGCCCGUGGACUUUGGCAUCGGGGGCGAUGCUACAGAAGAGGGCUCGAAGAUACUCACCGGGGCCCAUGGCGCCGGCACCAACGAGAUCAACGGAGAGACCGAGAGGGACGGGAUCGUCAGCAGCGAGAGGACAAAGGAAAGCAGCGACGACAUAAUUUCAUCCAUCACACACCUUCUCAACGAAGCGAGCUCAACGUUCCAAGGCGAAGUCAAGACGAAACAGGCCGUCAUCGAGUCCCUCCACUCGACCCUCCGCACGACAUCGGCGCAGCUCGGCGAGGCCCGGCGGAACCUCGAGGCCAUGCAGGCAACGUUGCGGAAGCAGCAGCUCGCGCGGCAAAAGGUGUCGAACCUCAGCCACGCGCGCGAGGAGGAGCAGGUGCGCCUGACGCAAGAGCAGAACCGUGCGGGGCGGACCGAUUCGCUCUCGUCGUCGUGGGAGACGGAGCUCAGCGCGGCGCUCGAGACGGCCGGCACCAACGGCGAGGGCGGUCUGCUACCGUCGGCGGCGGUUCUCAAGGCGCGGCUGGCCGCCGUGUCGGCGCGGAGGGACGUGACACGCAAGAUGGCGGGCGCGCUCAAGGGCCGGAGCAAGGACCUAGAGGUCAAGUACCGGCGCGUCGUCGCCAUGUGCACUGGCGAGCCCGAGGACCAGGUCGACGCCGUCGUCGACGGCCUGCUGCGGGCCGUCGAGAGCGAGAAGGGCGAACUGGAGGUGGAGCGCGUGAGGCGGUUCCUCGGCGGCGUCGAGGGUGUGGUGCAUUGA